UCGCGUGCGCCUGAGCCCUUUAAUCCGGGACUGGCAACUUUGCCGGAGUCUUGGGGGAAUAAGCGAGCGCCGGUUAUGGCUGCACUUCGCCGUGCUUUGAAAACGCAUUUCGGCCACGAAAAGUUCCGAUCGCAGCAGCAGGAGGACGCGGUUAAAGCCAUCGUUAAAGGUGACCGGGAUGUGUUCGUGUGCAUGCCGACGGGCGCAGGGAAAUCCCUGUGCUACCAGCUUCCUGCAGUGCUGGCACCGGGAAUCACUUUGGUCAUAUCGCCGCUUAUAGCGCUCAUUCAGGACCAGGUGGAUCAGCUGCAGUCUCGGAACAUUCUGGCAUGUUCCAUUAACUCCAAGCUCCCCGCACGUGAGCGGGGGACCAUCUUUGCGGACCUCCAGAGCGAGAGCCCCCGGCUGAAGCUGCUGUAUGUGACCCCGGAGAUGCUGAGCUCGGCCUCCUUCCAGCCCUGCCUGGCGUCUCUGGCCUCGCGUGGCCUGGUCUCCUAUCUGGCGGUGGACGAGGCGCACUGCGUCUCCCAGUGGGGCCACGACUUCCGGCCGGACUACCUGAAGCUGGGGGAGGUGCGGGGCCGCCUGCCGGGUGUGCCCUGCAUGGCGCUGACCGCCACGGCCCCCGCACGCGUGCGCCAGGACAUCUGCCGCGCUCUGCGCCUCCGCUCGCCGCUCUCCUUCGCCACGCCAAUCUUCCGCAGCAACCUGCACUACGACGUGGUGUACCGCGAGCUGCUGGACGACCACUACGCCAACCUGCACGCCUUCAUCUUGAAGGCGCUGGGAGGGGGCGCUGCUGCUAAGGGCUGUGGGAUCGUUUACUGCCGCACCAGAGACGCCUGUGAGGAAGUGGCUUACCGGUUGACUCUGCUCGGGGUUCCGGCUAAGCCGUACCACGCAGGACUCAAGACGGGUGACCGGACGGAGGUGCAGAACAGCUGGAUGCAGGGCAGAGUGUCUGUGAUCGUGGCCACCAUCAGCUUUGGCAUGGGCGUCGAUAAGAGCGACGUCAGGUUUGUGGCCCACUGGAACCUGGCCAAGUCCCUGGCGAGUUACUACCAGGAAUCGGGUCGGGCCGGAAGAGAUGGGCUGCCGUCUUCCUGCCGGAUUUACUACUCGCCUCGGGAUCGGGAACAGAUCAGCUUUCUGAUCCGCAAAGAGAUCAGCCGCAUCCAGGAGAAGCGCGGCUCGGAGAAAGACCACGACAAGGCGGCCAUUACGGACUUUGAGGCCAUGGUGGCAUUUUGCGAGCAGGAGGGGUGA